AUGGAGACAAAAUCUCGCACUCUGGAGAUCACAAUUUUGUCAGCGGAAGAUCUAAGAAUCCAUAACAAAUCGGUUAAAAAGAACGCUUUCGUCGUCGUCCAGACCGACAGUUUUAACUCUAAGACGACGAAGAUGAACGGGAAAGGAGGGAGCUCUCCUUCGUGGAACGAUAAACUAGUGAUGGACAUGCCCAUGCACACACACUUCGUCACGCUCCAAGUCAAUUGCAAGUCCUCAGGUGGUAGGGAUAAAACCGUCGGACUUGUAAGAAUACCGGUGACGGAUUUUAUCGGAGGGUAUUCUCCCGAGACUUGCUUACAGUUCUUGAGUUACCGAUUAAGAGAUCCAAAGGGACUCAAGAACGGAAUCCUUAACGUUUCUAUAAGACUAAAAGAACCCUUACAAGCUUGUUCUUCCCAGGCUGUAGCGUCUGGGCUUGGGAUCCCCAUCGACGGACGAAAUGAUUUUGGAGUUGUUACUGGGAUUCCCAUUUGUAGUGGCUAUCCAUCUACUGCUUUCUUUAGAUGA